AUGAAGCGCACACAAAGUCGCGUUCUCGUGGUUCACAGGUUCUCGCCACUUCAUGCGCUUUCAUUUGCCAGUGUGGCGACUGUUGCGGGUAUAACAACAUUGUAUGUAUUUGCGAAUCCGCUUUCUGCUGCUCUUGGAAUGUUAAACCUUAUCCUUUACGCAGGCGUAUAUACACCGCUUAAACGUGCGCAUAUUGCGUGUACUUGGGCCGGUGCCGUGGUCGGAGCGAUUCCGCCGCUGAUGGGGUUCGCAGCAGCGACAGGUUCGAUUGACGCAUCAGCUCUCUGUCUGGCUGCUAUCCUAUAUUCCUGGCAAUUUCCGCAUUUCAAUGGAUUGUCGUGGAAUCUUCGAGGAGACUACAGUAAGGUUGCUGAUUUAGCUACUAUACUAUUACAGCCGUUCCUUUGA